GCAGAAGGGGGAUUGCUGUCACAAAACCUGGCAACUCCAUAGCUCAUACAGACUACAAGUAUAAACAAGCCGAGCUCCUUCUCCGGUUAGCUCACGCUAGGCUAACCAACUUUCUUUCUGAGUCAAUUAGCUCAUCUGAGUAAGCCAGUCCAUUUGAAGUGUUCUCCUUCAAUCUAAACACUGACAAUGACCUGACCAAUGGACUACUGCAGUGUCCGCUCAGUUAGAGGGUCACUUGUGGAUGAAGAUCAUGAAUGAUAAACUAGUCUUCCUGGGCCUGCUGUACUUCGUCCAGGGUAUCCCCUAUGGUCUCCAGUCCUCCCUGCUUCCCGUCUACCUGCGUGGAGCUGGUCAUUCCCUCACCCGCAUCGGCUUCACCAAGAUCCUCUACUUCCCAUGGGUCCUCAAGGUGCUCUGGGCCCCUUUGGUGGACCGGGUCGGCACCAAGCGCCGCUGGCUGGUGGCGACAGUGUCUGGGCUGGCUCUGACCUGCCUCGCCAGUGCAGCCCUGGCCCCAGAAGCACAUAUCUGGGGAGUAGCAGCAACCCUGUUGGCCAUGAACUCCUUGGCAUCUGUCCAAGAUAUUGCUGUAGAUGGGGCUGCGGUGGGGUUGUUGAAAGGUCGUGGGGAGCUCGGGCUGGGCAACACAGCCCAAGUCGUGGGCUAUAAAGCUGGAUCGGUGUUCGCCGGCGGUGGGCUGCUGGCUGUGAUUGACGUGGCUGGAUGGAGCUGGAUGUUUAUGCUGCUGACGUUUGUGUAUGCAGGUGUGGCUCUGUUUGUGUGGGGGGCCCCUGUGCUGGACGAUGAGACUGUGAACAGAAGGGGAGGGCAGGCAGCAGACUCUAUGUGGCCAUGGAGAGUGUGGAGAAGGAUGCUGGCAGUGCCCGGCACCCCUUGGACGGUCCUGUAUGUGUUGACAUACAAACUAGGCGAGCAGGGCGCAGUCACCAUGUUUCCUCUUUUCCUGUUGGAUCAUCACAUGACCGCCAGGGAGCUCGGCUUCUGGAACGGCGUCAUCGCCAUGGGCUUCUCCAUCUGCGGCUCGUCCCUGGGAGGCCUGCUGCUCGCUCAGUUCAGCAUCGGGGCUCUGAUGCGACGUGUGUUCGUGUUGCGAACCAUCAGCAUGGUCUUCCAGAGCUCUCUACUCACAAUACUGGAACCGUCACCACUCAUGAAAGGUAUGGCAGUCCUGAGUAUGAGUAUUCAGCACUUCCUGGGCGGUCUCAUCACCACGCUCACCUUCACUACCAUGAUGCAUUGCACUCAGAGGGCCGAGGAAAGCAUUCAGUCGACCCACUACAGUUUCCUGGCGACUCUGGAGGUGCUGGGGAAGCUGUUGUUCAGCGCUCUGGCCGGAGGAGUGGUGGAUUGGUUUGGUUUCCAAGUUGCCUUCCUCUUCUUCCUCACCCUCUCCGCCGGGACGGCCCUGCAUGUGUGGACGGCUACCUUCACUGGUGCUCUCCGGGAACACCAGCUCAAAGAACAGCCCAAGUGAGACCAGAGAGGGUGAGAGGUCCUGAUACGGGGCGUCUGCAGGUGCUGAAAAUGUGCUGACAUAACUUGAGUUUGACCACCAGUAUUGAGACACUUCAACACAACACUCAUGACUUCAGCAAAUAAUUUACGUCUAGAAGAUCUUGAAUAAGUUGACUUUCUGACAUUAAGGAGAAAUCAGCCAUGUGGUUAGGUAUUAUAUAACGUGUGUGCUUUUGUUUAGUUUUUCAAAUUGCACAAUUGUCAUUUCAUUGGCAAAAACUGGCCUUACUUUUUAUUUAUUUUGCUUUUGAAAUGUCUGGAAAAGUCUUAAUAUUUACAGUAGCGUGAGGACAGUUUCAGAGACUACGUUGGUAAGAAUGAGCACAUUGAGUAGUGGGGUUGGUUAAACUGUACUGAGUACUUUGAGAAAUCAUCUGAGCCAUUUCAAUGUUUUAAUAAGCCAGCAAUAAGAGCUGUAGCCAAAAGCAAUAUCGCUACUUUGUGACGCUUGUUCUAUCGUACCGUCCCGUGUAUGAACAUGUUAGUUGCUAUCCUGAGUUGUAUUGUUUACAGUUCAAGAUGAAUGAAUCUUUACUACCUCGUAUCAGCGCUGUAAGGUAGGACACACAGGAGGCAAAUGUACAGUAUAUGGAAUUCACUCAUUCACAAUGAAUAGCUGCUGCGACAGUUAGCCAAAGUAGGUUUGCAGAUGUUUUUUUUAAUUGUUUGUCUGUUUCAAAGGGAAUAUAAAUGCAGUACAGCUGUUGAAUGAGGAGCAUUUAUUCUUUUUAAUUAACCGUAGAUUUUCAGAAUAAAAUAACUUUUCCCUUUGGGAUCCAAUAGGUCAACCCUGACAGCUUACUUCCUGUAGAAAGCUCAGCCUUACACGCUGCAUGGUGCCAUCUCGUCUCAUUUUUUUCAAUCAAAUAUUCAUCUUUAUAAAACCUUUAAAGGCCAUUAGCACUGGCAAAUUGCAGUCACAUUUCUUUCAUGUUUUAGAAAUGUCCAUAAUAUGUACUCUAUAAUAUACUGUAACUCUCCAUGGUACUGUACACUAUAUAGAAUAUUUCUCCAGGCUUAAAAUGUGAAUAAAACAGCAGCGUACAAUGUUCUUUUUUCACCAGGCUCUGUAGGUGAAUGUAUUCAUAGAAAUUAAGUCUUAAAAUUGAUAAUAGAGCUGACGAGAGACAUGCAGAUAAAACACAAUGGAUUGGUUUACAUAAUGGCAGUAAUCUCAGCAAAUCUAGCCAAAAUAAACCUGCUUUCACGCACUUAAAUAGAAGGGAUGCCAUAUUUCAUCAUUACUGGUUCAUCUGUGUAGCCAGACCCUCUUGUCAUGAGAUUUGCUCAAAAAUAAAGCUGCUG